AUGGACGAUGAUUAUAAUCGGAACGUCGAAUCGCUGCGAGAGAACGAGUAUCCUAUGCUUCAAGAUGCUAUCUACCUGGACCAUGCUGGGACGACCCUUUACUCAAAGUCACUUAUGGAAAGGUUCAUGACUGACAUGACCUCGAACCUUUAUGGCAAUCCACAUUCCGCAUCUCCCUCCUCCCAACUGUCGACACGCCGUAUCGAGGAUAUCCGCCUGGGUGUUUUGCGGUUCUUCAAGGCCGACCCUAAAUAUUUUGAUGUGGUCUUUGUUGCGAAUGCUACGGCAGGGAUAAAGCUGGUGGCUGAAGCUUUCCGAGAGCUGGAUGAAGGGUUCUCCUAUAUAUACCACCGAGAUGCGCAUACAAGUCUUGUUGGCGUGCGGGAAAGUGCUGUGGCGAACCGUUGCCUUGACGAUAAGGGGGUUGAGGAGUGGCUAUCAUGCGACGAUCGUCCCCCGGACACGACCACUACGCUCUUCGCAUAUCCAGCACAGUCGAAUUUGGACGGGAGGCGGCUGCCAUUAUCAUGGAUCAAAAGGUCGAGAGAUCUUAGGUCCCAAGGCACGCCUACAACAUAUACGUUAUUGGAUGCUUCUGCAUUUGUUUCUACGGCCCAGCUAGAUCUGGGCGAUAUCAGUGCUGCCCCUGAUUUUACAGUGCUCAGCUUCUACAAAAUAUUUGGGUUUCCCGACCUGGGUGCUUUGAUUGUCAAGAAGGACUCCGGGAGGAUUCUGCAAAAACGGAAAUACUUUGGUGGAGGCACAGUUGACGUGGUGCUCUCUGUGAAGGAACAGUGGCAUGUUCUAAAAGAUCACUCUUUACAUGAGAGCCUCGAAGAUGGCACUUUGGCCUUCCACAGCAUUAUAGCCUUGGGUGCCGCCAUUGAUAUCCAUAAAAAAUUGUUCGAGUCUAUGGAUCGGAUUGCAAAACAUACGGCGUUUCUAUCACAGAGGUUAUAUGACGGCUUGAAAUCUCUACGACAUGCCAAUUCUGAACCAGUUUGCGUAUUGCAUUCCCGUGGGUUUGACUCCAAGAAUACAAGGGAUAUGCAAGGUCCCAUCGUUGCAUUCAAUGUGCGCAACUGCCAAGGGGCCUGGGUUAGCAACACUGAGAUCGAAAAGCUGGCUUCUGUUCGAAAAUUCCAUAUCCGAAGUGGUGGGUUGUGCAAUCCUGGAGGUGUGGCUGCAUCUCUAAACCUCGAGCCCUGGGAGAUGAGACAGAACUUCUCUGCCGGUUUCAGAUGUGGAGUAGAGUCUGAUAUUUACGCCGGCAAGAUUACCGGAAUUCUUCGGGCAAGUGUAGGUGCAAUGAGCACGAUCCAAGAUGUGGAUGCCUUCGUCUCAUUCGUCGAUGAAUUCUACACAGAAAAGAAAACAAGCCGUCCCAUCUUAGACUCUUCCAGCACUUCGCAGACCCCAGACGACCUGUUUGUUGAAAGUCUCACUAUUUAUCCUAUCAAGAGCUGUGGGGGUUUCAGUAUUGCGCCGGAUAUACACUGGGAAGUCAGACCAGAAGGCCUUAGAUGGGAUAGAGAGUGGUGCCUAGUUCAUCAAGGGACUGGACAAGCGUUAAACCAAAAGCGGCAUCCCCGUAUGGCUUUAAUCCGGCCUUCGAUUGAUUUCGACCGAGGGGUUUUACGCGUGAAAUAUCAAGGCGAUCCGCCUGCUGAUGUGCCUGAUGAAAUAUCAAUACCGUUGUCAUCAAAUCCGGCCUUUUGCAAAGUCGAGGGAGACAAGUUCCUCUCGUCACGCGUAUGUGGUGAUAAGAUAUUAGCACAGACAUACACGGACGAGAUAAAUUACUUUUUCUCUCGAGUGCUUGAGUUACCUUGCGCCCUGGCGAGAUUUCCGGCCGGGGGUUCCAGCCCAAGGCAUGCAAAAGCGCAUAUGCAGAAACGCCGGUCUCCCUCAAAUGAUAUAACAAGGACCGAUAAUCUUCCUGGAACCUAUCAGCCUCCAACGCCUCCCGACUCCGACAACGAAACUCAGAAGCGACCUAUUCUCUUGUCAAAUGAAAGCCCGAUACUCUUAAUCAACCGAGCAAGUCUGAAUUCUCUCAAUGAUACCAUCGCAAAAACUGGUGGCAAACAGGCCUCAGCUUCUGUUUUUCGAGCAAACAUUGUCCUGUCCUCGUCUAGUCAAAAUGACGAGCAACCAUACAGUGAAGAUCAUUGGGCCUCUAUACAAAUUGACCAACAGAAGUUCCAGAUGCUAGGUUCGUGUCGACGCUGCCAUAUGAUAUGUAUCGACCAGGAGACUGCACAAAAGGAUGAAGAACCAUUUAUUACCCUAGCGAAAACUCGCAGGUUCGAGUCGAAGAUCUUUUUUGGUUCGCACAUGUGCCAUCUCGCCCAGAGAAAUGGAACCAAGGGGAGUCAGUAUCCUACAAUCAAGGUUGGGGAUAUUGUCAAAGUCGAUGCAGCAAAGGAGUGA